UAUAUCAUGACUUUGUAGAUAAAUUCUAUCUUGGAGAUGCGGGAUUUGGACUUCGUAAGGGAUUCAUUCCUCCUUAUCAUGGAGUAUGCUAUCACUUACAAGAGUAUAGUGAUCGUCCACCCCAAAAUGAAAAGGAAUUAUUCAAUCUUCGGCAUGCAUCAUUGAGAUCCACAGUUGAACGUGCCUUUGCUAUUCUCAAGCGACUAUUCCGUGUAAUUUAUAAUGAACCCUUUUGGGACUUUAAAACUCAAGUGGAUGUGGUGUUAGCUUCAUGCAUUUUACAUAAUCACAUAAUUAAUUUGGAUCCUAACGACAUGAUAAUUCAAGAAGUAGAUGUGGAACCACUAGUUCAACCUCAAAAUGUUCAAAUUACUCAAAGCUCUCAAGGGAGUCAAAGCUAUCAAACCCAAAGACAGAGACGUGAAGUAGCUAGAGAAUGGUCGUCGAAAAGAGAUGCCAUUGCUCAUGCCAUGUUUACCAAUUAUUAUAGGAGGAGGAAUUAGAUGUUCUUAAAGAGUAGGUAUAACUAUCAAGUCAAAGUUCCUGAUUUAAUUAUUACAUGUCCUGAUUUUGUGAACUGUAUCUUGCUGUUUUUUUUAACACUGUUGCUGUUUACUUUACCAUUGGCUAUAGUAGCAGACAUAGAUUUCUUUGCAUUAUUGUUUGCUUCUGUUGUUGUCAAAGAGUCAUUUGUUUUAACAGUUAUGGGAUUAGAUUAGGAGUAAUAUGUUUUUGUAGUGUCUACUUCAAAGUUUUGACUUCCCUGUUGAAUGUUUAUUCUUUGCGGAUCGCUUUGCUGAAAUUGAUUUAAAAUAUCAUCCGAAUAUUGUGUUCAUUGCUCUAAAUAUUGGUUGUGAUCAUUUCCUUAUAUGGAUGUUAAUCACUCUGCUCCCGACUUGUUCAUUAUGUUGGAAGUACGAAAGUAAACUUUCUUAUGAAUGUUAUAUGAGUGACUGCCUAUAUUGUGAUAUUACUUUUCUCACAUGAAAAAAGUUAAUUUCUAGUUUAAAAGUGGCUGUUUGAAUCAGAUUUUUAAACAAAAUCCUCAACUUGGAGAGUGGGGGAGUCUUUCUUAUGUGUGAAUGUUUUUGGUAACAGCAAAGGCAAAAAAGGAGAGAAGCAGUUUAGGUGGUCAAAGCCAAUGGAAUAUUUGAUGUUGGAGAUCUUAGCGGAUCAAGUGAAGCAGGGAAAUAAAUCAACCAAUAAGUUUAAGGUUAUCUCAUUCAAUCGUGUUUCGAAUGCCAUUAAUGAACAACUAGGAAUGGACUGUUCUCUAAAGCAUGUGGAGAAUCACCAUAAAACGCUAAGAAGCACAUGGAAUAUAGUGCAAACUCUACUAAACAAAAGUGGUCUUGGAUGGGAUGACAACUUGAAGAUGAUUACUGCUAGUCCCAGAGUGUAUGCAAUGCAUAUUCAGGCGCAUCCUAGUCAUGAUAAGUUCAUCAAAAAGAAGAUUGAUAUGUUUGAAGAAAUGUCUCUUGUUUGUGGGAAUGAUCGAGCUAGGGGUGAUUGUGCUAAGUCGUUUGAAGAUAUAGGCUUGGAUUGUAGUUCAGAGAAAGGUAAUGAAGAUGAGAUUGAAGGACCGUCUAAGGAGAAUGGAGUGCAAGAUGUGAGUGAAACAUCUCAAGUAAAGUCAAGUCGUAAAAGAAAUCGUCAUUCUAAUGUGCAAGAUGUGGUUGGUGAUAUUUCAACAAAACUUGGAGAAGUGGUAGCAACAAUAAGUAAGAUAGCUGAUAACCGAUUAGAUGUGACAAGUUUGUAUGAAGAAGUUAUGGCAAUUGAAGGUUAUGGGGAAGAUUUCUUAGGGGAUGCUUUUGACUAUUUGGUACAAAGUGAUACUUUAGCUAAGGUUCUCAUGGCUAAAAAUCAAAAUCUUCGUAAGGUUUGGUUGGAAAGGUUCAAGCGACUACAUAAAUAGAAUAUAUAAGUGAAUAGGAAGAACAUAACUCUAUACAGUACUACUAUUAUUAAAGGACUUGAUAUCUUUUUGCUUGAAUUUGAUUAGUGUG